ACCCCCCACAACCAAAUGAAGAAAGAAAACACGAAAAUUGUAGAGACAGAAAGGGCGGAGUGAGAGAGUCGGCGUUUUCCUUCCUCCAUUGCACACAUCUCAAGCAUCGCUGUAAAAUUGUAUCUCUCUAUUUAAUCUAUAUCUAUAGACGUGUAACGGCUACUUUUGAUGAUUUGGAUUGGAGUUUGUAGACUGAUAACACCCAAAUGGAUUACAACAAUGACAGUGAAAUGUGGGACUGGCAUGGAGAGGAUUACUGUCUCCCGAAGGAAACCAAUCUUGCAGACCUAUCUCCAUGCCUCUGGGAUGGAGUAAGCCAGAAUGAAGAAGAUCUGUCCUGCAUGUUUGAUGAAACAACACCCGUUAAGGCCUGUGGGGAUUUGGCUUACCAUGUUGCUGACAAUGUAAACAUGAACAAGGAAUUACAGCACUGCAGGGAGACAUCUGCACAAGUAAAGAGACGUCGAAUGCUGCAAUUUGACAAUGAGAUUUUGGAUUCCCCUCUUUGCAAUGAGGACAUUUCAUCUGUCUUCUUGAAAUCAAAGGAGAGAGAAGAUUCGCUUGAAGAUGCUUUAUCUGAUAUGUCGCAUUGGGUGUCCGGGUUUGCAGAGGACACAUCUGCAUCUGGUUACGAUGGCCUGGAUCAGUCAUCUGAGGGAUGGCUAGCUGAUUGCUUUAACAAUGAUGAGAUGCAUUGCAGCACUGAUGAGACGUAUAUAUCUAGGAAUCUGUCUGGGCAGUCCGAUGUUCAAAUCGAUAUUUCAGAGUUUUGCAACACCCCACCUGAAUGUGAAGCUACUGUGCCCCAAGAGCAUCCUAGUGGAACUCGUCGAAAUGUUGUUUUCAAAGGUAGGAAGUCAUACAUGCGAACUCCGACAAAGUUGGCUUCAUCUGUUGCCUAUCCAUUUGCCUUUAUUAAACCAUGUGGUGUCCAUGGAGAUGUAACUCUAAAGGACAUAAACCAGCGCAUACGCACUCCACCACCCGCAAAAUCGAAGCAAGGUAAUGAAGAGGAUCCUUCUGCCUCGUAUCCCACUUCAGCUUUUUCCGGGAAGCCUGUUGUCGGCAAAACUAAAAUUCACACCGAGGGAGGAAAAGGCAGCAUCACUAUCAUGAGAACCAAAGGCUGAAUAGAUAAGUGUUCUCCAAAAUUUCUUUUUUGUGGCCUUGCUUGGUUCAUUCUGUUCCAAGGUCAAGUUUCUUUUGUAUCAUUCUCGGGCACCUAGUAUAACAAGUUAGUCCUUCAUUCUUAGGUUGGUGUUAAUUCUUGGAACUCAUAAAUUAGGUUAAGUGUUUAUGUUUCCAAGUGGUUUUGUAGGUGACAAAUACCUGUUGUUUUAUAGUUGGUUGGGACUGAUUCAAGAGUCAAAUGAGGAUCUUGAUAGCUAAGAGAUCCUCUUAGCUGCUUCUUUUCUUUCAAAAACUUUGUUAAUGAUUUCACCUACUUCCUUUUAAUGUGAAGAGCCUGUGUUUACUUGGUA